AUGGGGGAUGAACUGUCAAAGUACGACUCCCUCGCCGUCCCUCCCGCCACCGCUCCUGGUUACGACUUCCUCUCCCUCCCAUCAAUCAACCAGAGCAGCAGUCCCGAAUCGUCCGGUUCCGGCAGCUCCUCUGAAAUCGUUGAGUCUCCAACUACCAUCGACCCCCAGCUGGUCGGCACGCCCGCACCCUCGAAGGCUGCGAGCGAGUUCGAUGAUGAGGAGGAAGAGGGCGACGAGGAUGACGAUUUCAACGACCAGAUGGAUCUGCAGAGCAUCCCCGAGGAUUCGGUGGUUGCCCCAGUGAAGGUCGGCGGGAAGGGGAAGUCGAACCGCAAAGGUACCGUCCGCGAGGGCGGCAUCGUGAAGCGGUCAUCGAGCGCUGAGAAGAAGGAGAACACGAAGCCGUCGGGCAUGAUCUCGACGACGUCGAUGGAGGCCGACGACUGGCGGCCGACGCCCGAGGAGUACAAGAAAAUGUCCUCCAAGGAGAAACGUCAGCUCCGCAACAAGAUUAGCGCGCGCAACUUCCGUGUCCGCCGAAAGGAGUACAUCACCACGCUCGAGGGCGACAUUGCAGAGCGCGACAGGCUCAUCGAUGCGAUCCGUAACGAGCUCGGCAGCACAAAGCACGAGAAUGUGGCGCUCAGACAGGAGAUUGCUCAGCUAAAGAAGGCGCUCCUCGAUGGCCGCGGCCGCGCCGAUACCCCUGUGCUCCCUCCCCCCGCUCCCCUGCCUGCAGUGCCUGCCUCCGUCCUUGCCGCCUCGGCGUCGACAUCCUCCUCGCCGCCGCCCACUCUCCCUCGCAGCCCUCUGCUCACGCCGAACAUGCAGAAGGAUCUCCCUACAUCACCACGGAUGGGCUCUCGCGCUUUCUGGGGCGGAGCCUCAUCUAUCGGUGGCUACGGCAGCUUCACGCCCGUUCACACGACUCUGGUCCCAGACCUCAGCAGUGUGCUAAGCGGGAAGCCUGUCGCAGGGCGCAAGAGCCCGACGCUCCAGGAGAACAUCAACCCCACGCUCAACGGUUCCGCUGCCUCCCUUGCGCACCUGCUCAGCGGCAGGAACGAGGAGAAGCCCAAGGAGCAGCAGCAGUUGCCGAUGGGGGCCUUCGAUGCGUUCUCGGACAUCAACCCCUUCACGCUCAAGUCCCUGGAUGCGUAUCGGAUGCACUUGUGGGGCAAGAUGGCUCAGCAGCAAGUGCCUCAGAGGCAAGGGCAAGCCCAGCAACAGCCCACCCAGUCCCCCAGCGGUCUUGCUGGCAACCUCCGCCCUCACUACUUUGCCAAGAGCCCUUCGCUCAACGCCCUCCUUUCUGGAAAGGCCGCUACCUCCUCUGUCUCGCACAUCAACCCCUACCCGUCCCCGCCGAACUCCCCGCCUCUCGGACCGCGCGAUGCGCCCACCGCGCAACACGCGAUGCUCGCGAACAUCGCGUCGCAGACCCUCUUCAGCAAGCUCGGCUCGGCGUUCUGGGAUGCCUUCGCCCGCCCCUCUGGCACCAUCGGCGCCAAUGGGCACGCCAAGCGCGAGUGGGAUGCGGAGAAGGUCCGCCGUGUUAUGGAGGGUACCGCCGUCGUACAGAUCGUCGACGUCGAGCCUCAGCCUGCUGCGCGUGCUCCGAGCCCGCGACCUACCCCGGUACAAGAGAGGCAGGAGAAGCCCCGCUGCCACGCUUCGGUGUCCGACCUGCUCGCGGAGAGCAUGGCGACACUGAACCUGGGCAGGAAGUAA